CUAAGGAUAUCAGGUUCAAGUAUGAAAUCUUUGAAAAUCCAUUUUGAAAUGUAACCUUUGGCUUUCAGAUGGUAUAGGCUGUUAUUGUACCAGACUGGGACUUUUCAAACAUCAUCAUAGGACAUAAAUCACAACAAUCAAUAAGAUCAUUAAUGGUUGUAUGUUCAUCAAAUGAGACAUUUUCGUUUGUGUUACAGAAUCAUGCGAUCACUGGCAGUCCUUCUACUCGCCGCUGUGGCUUAUGGCCAGCUGAGCAACCCAAAGUGUAUCCACAGCAACACCCAACAACACACCGCCGACAUGGUCGUUCUGCAGGCACUCAACGACAUGGACUCCAAUAAAGACGGCAUUGUUGAAGACAUGGAAAUUCUCAACGAGUUCGUGACGAAUUUCGAUCACGACGGUAGUUUGUCCAUCUCGAAGGCUGAGUUUGUCAAACAAUGGCACGCAACAUACCACGACGCCCCCGAUUUCGCCGCCUUCAUCUUCACAAAGUUCGACACCAACGGCGACGGCAGCCUUGGCCUCUUUGACGUGCUUGGGCUGAAGAGCAAGGUCGACGUUGACCAGGACGGCAAGAUCACCGAUGUGGAGUUCACCGAGUUCCUGGUAAACGCUUACCGUGAAUGUGUCCAGACUCACCAGGCUCCCAUCUAAGAAGAUCGUCAUGUAUCUUUCUGACAAAUAAAUGUUUCUUUCAAGUCAACA